AUGGCUUCAAAAUCAAUAGUUCUCCCACCUUUAGUUCCAUAUCCCAAACUAUCAUGGAGGUCAAAUAUGCUACCGGAAGAGUGGGAAGCUUGCUUAGAUGCUUGGAUGUCUCUGACCGAAGCACAUCUAUCAAUACCAUCUCCAGAUUUUGUACGGAUAUCAGCAAAAGAUGAAUCCUUACCGAACUUCCUGGCAUCCUACUUUGCCGAAACGGCUCUAUCACAUGACGAAAACUCGUUAGCCAAUCCCUCAAAGACCAAGCAACUUCGCAAGCAAGCAUAUCUUCUGUUCUAUAGGCUGGUUGGCGUUGACAAGUCACCUGAAUCGUUACUGCGUUGGGAAGUUCUCGCAGAUGUAUGUAAAGUUUAUGGGAAGGAAAAGGGCAGCAAAGUCACAACAUUAGUAUGGAGCAAGCACUCUUCAAUAAUCGAGGGCUCGCUGGGCAGUGUCAAGAGCUUGUUGACAGAAGAACUGGAGGCCGGGAUCAAAGGAGAUCUCAAAGGUUCAGAAAUACAAUUGAGACGAUUAAAUCAACUGCUACACGCUUCUCCUGAAGCAGCUUCGUUCUUCAUGGCUGGAGAUGAUUUCGUGGAUGCUCUUAUAAGUUGUUACAAGCUCAUGAAUCCACCACUACGAAAGGUCAUCAUCUCUACUAUCUAUCUCUGUAUCAUUGGGCUUACAGAAGGCCCUAAACCAAGAUUUUCAUCACUCGUUGACCAACUUUAUUCCUUGAGUGCUGCGGCUGAAGCACAUAAGAAAGGUCCAACCAAUGUGAAUGACUCAUUGGUUGCAGAGUUGGUCACAGUAACACCUGUGUUGAAGCAACUUCAGCAAAGAAUCGAUGCUAGUGGCUCGGGGUCGAGCAGAGCAAAGUCUGUGAUUACUACUCUACAAGGCUUUCGUAAACCAGGAAGUAGCGGAAGGCCUCUACGCCUUGUCAAAAAGAAACCUAACAAAGGCAAGGGAUUGGCUGACACUCAUGAUCGUGAAAAUAGUAGUGUACACGUUCAUCAGAUGAGUCUCAUAUCACAGGUUCAGGAUUUGUUCCCAGAUCUUGGAUCAGGCUUUAUUGUGAAGCUACUUGAAGAAUAUAAUGAUAAUACGGAGGAGGUUAUAUCUCAUCUUCUGGAUGGAUCCCUUCCACCAAGUUUACAUAAUGCUGAUCGACAUGAGGAGUUCGAACUACCUAACGAACCAUCUUCAAGUCACGCCGAUCUAGUACCUCAUUCAACUCCCCCGCAACUUCCUACUCGCCGCAACAUCUUUGAUGAUGACGAACUUGACCAGCUCACGGUUGAUGCAUCUCGCCUGCAUUUCGGCCGUCGCAAUCCCGAUCAAACAGCCGAUGAUGUGCUUCAAGAUCGCUCCACCGCUCCCAAUAAAGCCGCGAUUCUCUCCGCACUUGCUGCCUUCGAUUCUGACGAUGAUGAAAGAGACGAUACAUAUGAUGUCGCCGAUGUUGGCGGAACGGUUGAUUCUGCCAACCCCGAAGAAUUCAACCCCGAGAAUAACUCACAACAGAGUGCACAUGAUGAAACCCUCUUCCGUGCCUACAAGUCAUCACCAAGCAUCUUUGCUAGGGAUGCAACCACUCGUAGAAGCAAAGAAAGAGCAGCUAUAAGACUAGAUACGGGCAUGACGGACGAAGCACUCGAGGGAUGGGCAGUCAUGCUUUCUCGUGACCCUAGGCAAAUGCGACGACUCGAAACUCGAUUCGCUACGUUCAAGGGAGAACAGACAAGUUUGGAGAGUACGUCGUGGAAAGCUGUUGAGGGUGAGGAAGAAGGGAAUGGAAAUGGCAACAGGGGUAGAGGAGGCAGAAUUAGAGGACAGGGUAGAGGUGGGAGAGGUGGCGGGGGAAGAGGGGGAAGAGGCAAUGGAAACGUGGCGGGUACGAGUGGUGAUAAGGAGACCGACGUUGCUAGACAGAGGAAAGAAGCGAACAAGGGAUCGAGAGCUAAUCACAAUCGUAGGGAGGGAAGGGCGAGAAAAAUGGCUAGGGGAGGAUUUCCGGGAUAG